AUGCUGGAACUUUCAGGUUCUCGUAUUACGAUCGAUCGGGACAGCAAUAGCGAUACGUAUGUUUGUCAGCGUGGAAGUCUUGUCGAAAACGACGGAACCCGUACCGAUAGUUCCUUGCUUCUCUAUGUCGACUAUGAAAUAACUGCCAAUGGAAAUGAUUUCGACACUUCCGAUGACACGGCUGAAGAUCAGUACAUGGCUGGAUUACUAAAUGAAGACGGUGAACUUAAUGGUGAUGCCGAACUCAAGAAUUCUCCCGCUGAAGGAGGAAUCCAAGCAAUCACAUAUGCAGAGUACGGCAUAAAAUGGGACACGAGCAAAGAUGUCGAGGCUCCUAGUACUACGACGCAGACGGAUACUGCCAUGCCUGCAAUGGAAACAUAUGACGGAUUUCUCCCGAACGAACCAAACCCUGAAUGCAAACGGAAGUCAGCAGUGAGACUCUACCUCCAUAGACCUGACAGCAUUCAGGGGCUAACUCGUCCACGACACAUGGGCCAGGCCCAGGCCGCUCCUCCGGGCAGGCCCCCAUAUGGCUCGUCCCAGAAUUUGGGGAUAGAGUGGCAGGCUUAUUAA